CUGUCGCUAAGCCGAAGCGUGGGUACCGAAAAGACACGCCAUUUAGAAACAUUGAGUCUUUCUAUCUCUUCGUCGUUCAAAAUGAUUGCGUCUGGAACUAUUCUGACCAAAGGUUUUCUUAUUCUUCUUUUCAGUCAGCUGAUUUUCACAACUGCAGCUGACUUCUCAGAUCAGAACAGCGACAGUGAUUGGGAUGACCAAACCAUUCAGGGUAGCGAUUCCUGUGGCACCUCCACACUUGAUGAUGGUUGCAGCAUGAGUGAUGAUUGCAGCACAAUCACGUGCAAAACAAAUUUCGUCGAAAAGCCGAUCACACUGAAGUUAAAGGUCAACAAGUGCAAUGACCCAAUCAGUGUAACAGCCUCAAUGGAUGUACCUGAUCUGGAUAUCUCCUGGUCUCAUACUUACACCAGUGACGACAUCAUAAAAGUCCCAGGAUUCACUGCGUCGGUACCAAUUCUCCCAAUUUCCGCUGGUGUGUACGUUCAAGUCUCUCUCACUCCAAACGGCGAUGAACUGAAACUUACGGUGAAGCUCCUGGCUGGGGGCCAGGUUGGGGAUAAAGGAGUUUAUCCUGUGAAACUACCUGUAAUAGACGGUAACCUGCCCAUUAACACCAACGCCUGUGGUAUUCUCGCCUUGUGGUACAAUAUGAACGAUAUGGAAAAAGGAGCUGUGGUCGGAGGCUCCAUUCUUGUACUCAUCAUCCUCAUCUCUACCUGUUGCUGCUGCUGCGGCUGCUGCGGCUGUUGCAAACCUGCUCGGCCCAAUCAUGGAACUGUGUUUAUCCAGCCUCCUGUUAGUGUGGGGCCUCCUGUCAUGGCAACCAGUACUAAGACUACUGUCCCCAUGCAACCGUUUGUUAACGAGGCUUAAGUCUUUGUCGUCUUCACUGUGCAUGCUUUGAAAACGUGACCACCUUUUCAGAUAAAAACUAAAAUUGUGUGUGAAUUUUUGCCUAACAGUUAAAAAGGAUCAUACAGAAGGGGUGGGGGGUGGGGAGAGGAAACAAGGGAAGGGGUUACUCAACAUUCAAGUUUCAAUUUUUCCUCUUUAAACAAAGAAGAAUUCCUAAUCAUAUUCUUCCAAACAAGGCCCCUUAGCAGGGUGAUAACAUAUCGUUCAUUUCAUUUCUCUCUUAUUUUUUUGAAUGGUCUAUUAUUUAGCAAAGGCUGCACGAUCGUAAUUUAGCAGGCAGGUCAGUUUUGAAACCAGUGAUGUCCAUUCUAAGGAAUCAUAAUCGAACAUAUCUUAGCGUUUUCAUGGAGUUCGUGAAGAGGUAAUCUCAGUUUCCGAGAUAUACUGUUCAUGCCAUGAAGUAUAGAAAUUUAAUGAGUUUUUUCGCAUGUGGAUUUUGCAGAUAGUCCUCAAUUCACAAAGAAUUUAAAAACCUCCUGAAAUAGAAUCCCGCGAACCAAGACGCAAAACCUUACUUCCGUAAGUCCAUUAAAGAACUUUCAGUAGUUUUUAAGUAGCUAGUAUUGCAUUUUAGGGUUUUUUUUUAAUGUUUUGACCCAAUAGAGUGUGCCGUAACUGAAGUUGUAAAGGAUGAUGGUUCUUUUACUUCCUAACUAAUUUUUUGUGAACUUGAGAGGAAAUUUGCAAAAAGGGUUUCCGUCCCGCAAACUUUUUUAUCCCAUAAAAUAGGAUGCCGAUCAGCGCAAGUCAACGGAGUCGAUUUUUUUGUGUAAUUAUGGAGUUGCGCUUACAGAAUAUCAAAUAGAGAGGUUAUGAAGUUCUUUACAUUUUGUUUGAUGUUUUUCCUAAGUAAAACUCUCCUCCC